AUGCUCUCUUCCUCUCUCUAUCCUGAUGGAUUCACUUUCCCAUUUGCUUUCAAAGCAUGCGCAAGUGUCCGAGACAUUGGGCUCACGCGCCUGGUGCAUGGCCAAGCCGCUGUCUUAAGCCUCUCGCGUGAUGGCCUUGUUGGCACUGCACUCGUGAGUGCAUAUGCGCGUUGUUGUGCACCGGAAGAUGCGACUAAAGUGUUUGAUGAAAUGUGUCGGAGAGAUGGGGUGGCUUGGACAGCAUUGGUUUCAGCCUAUUCGAUGAAUGGGUGGGCUGAUGAGGCCUUUGAGGCAUUUGGGAAAAUGAUGGGUUUGGGUUGUGUUGUUGAUUCAGUGACUCUUUCGAGCUUGCUCUUGGCUUGCACUAGGGAUCUUUGGCGAGCCUGUCGGGUCCAUGCAUUUGUGGCUAAAGCUGGGUUCGAGUGCUAUGCUUCGGUUUGUAACAGUCUUAUAGAUGCAUAUGCAAAAUGUGGAGCUUAUGAUGAGGCCAUGAGGGUUUUUAGAAGCCAGAGCUUUACCAAAGAUGUUGUUUCAUGGAACACUGUUAUUGCAGGGCUUGCUUUGAAUAAACAGUCAGAUAAAGCACUCGCUGUGUAUGAAGAGAUGACAGGGGAGGGUGUGAAGCCAAAUCGUAUAACUUUGCUCUCACUUCUUCCCGCUUGUGGGGAGUUUGGUUGCUCGAAAACUGCUAAAAUAGUGCAUGAGAGCUUUGCAAAUGACGCCUGGUUUGAUGUGGAGGCCGAUGUUGUAGUAGCAACUGCUCUGAUUCAUAUGCAUGCCAAGUGUGGGAACAUGGAGCUUGCUCGUGACCUCUUUGAAAAGCUCGAGAGGAGUAAAAGAAAUGUCGUUUGUUGGAGCGCCAUGAUUGCAGGAUAUGAACAGGGAUUUAUGCCUGAGGAAUCUCUGAAACUCUUCGAUAGAAUGGUUGAGGAGGGAGACUCAAAGCCCAACUCGGUUACGAUUGUGAGCGCCCUCUCUGCAUGUGCUCAGCUUGGGGUGUUACAGAGAGGGAGAAUGAUUCAUGGUUAUGCUGAGGCAAAUGGGCUCGACUUAGACCCAACUGUUGCGUCUGCAUUGAUAGACAUGUAUGGCAAGUGUGGUGAUAUGGGCAUGGCAAGAGAGAUUUUCUCAAAAAUGGCCAUUGGCAAGAGAACCAUUGUGUCAUGGACAUCCAUGAUGGGCAUUGAGGGCUUGCAUGGGCAUGGAAUGCAAGCAGUCGAGCUCUUUAAUGCGAUGAUAGGUCAUGGUGUUCGCCCCAACGAGGUGACAUUUGUGUGUGUUCUCUCGGCAUGUAGCCACUCAGGCCUUGUUGAUGAUGGAUGGAAUUGCUUUGAUAGCAUGAUCAAGGAUCAUGGCAUUGAGCCCAAUGCAAGACACUAUUCAUGUAUGGUAGACCUUCUUGGACGUGCAGGCCGGCUUGAAGAGGCCCAUAAGCUCAUAAUGAGCAUGGCUAUUGAGCCGGAUGCAUGUGUAUGGGGUGCCCUUUUAGGUGCUUGCAGGCUCCAUGGGGAAAUUGGGCUUGGUGAAUUGGCUCAAGCUAAGCUUUUCUCUCUCAAUACAGAUGGCAUCGGUCAUCAAGUGUUACUUGCUACAAUGUAUGCUUCAGCUGGGAAAUGGGAUGAUGUUAUAAGAACCAGGGUACAACUAAAACACAAAGGGGCAAAGAAGAUUGCUGGUUUGAGCUUCAUUGAGAUAGGGAGUAAGCUCCAUGCUUUCAUAGUGGAAGAUAGAUCACACCCUGAUUCAGACCGGAUUUACAGAGAGUUGGAAGCUUUGGAUCGAAAAGUUACAAAUCUGGGCUAUGUACCUGAUACAAGCUCUGUGGUGCUAGACAUGGAAGAGUGUCUGAAGAGACAAGUGCUCAAGUAUCACAGUGAGAGGUUGGCCAUGGCUUUCGGGAUUUUAAGAACUGGUUCUAGUGAGCCCAUUAGGAUAACCAAGAACCUACGAAUAUGUGGAGAUUGCCAUGUCUAUACCAAAUUCGUCUCGAAGGUCACAGGGCGAGAGCUGAUCAUCAGGGAUGCUCGUCGAUUUCACCAUUUCAAGGAUGGCUUGUGCUCUUGCAGUGACUAUUGGUGA